UGGUAUCGCAAACGAUACGCACAGGCACAGCGUAAGUACCCACGGGCGCGGGACUCUUCCACCUAUCUCGGAGAAAGGUCAACCGUGUGAUCGAUGCUCUCGCCGCCCCUCCAUCGGCGAGGCGGCUCUCCGGCAGCACUUCUUUGACUCCUGAUGAUAUGUAAGGUGUGGCUGCAGUGCGGCACCGUGUACGACUCUCGACCUCCGAUGACUCGGAGCCUGGAACUUGCAGCUGUCGCGAAUGCCUCUCGGAACCCUGUGCUGCUAUGUUAACUCCUGGUAGGUCCACUGCCGUCCUCUCCGCCCUCGCUAUCGCCCUAGGCCUCUCCCUGGCUGCAUACACGGAGUACGUGCGGAUACCGUUGAGCUCGAGUUUGUUCGGGAUGGGUUCGUUGCCGGACUUGUACGAGGCGGGAAUUGAGGAGAUCCAGGAUGGUCUCAAGAGGAAGCGAUUUACUAGUGUUGAUCUCGUGAAGGCUUAUCUCGCUCGCAUCGACGAGGUCAACUUGAACGGACCCGCAUUACGCGCCGUCCUGGAGACCAAUCCAAAUGUGCUGAGGCAGGCUGCUGAGCUCGACAAGGAGAGGGAAACCUCAGGGCCCCGCGGUCCCCUCCACGGCAUCCCGAUUCUGCUCAAAGACAACAUCGCAACACUGCACAGCGAGGGCAUGAACACCACCGCAGGGUCCUACGCCCUGCUCGGCUCCGUCGUUGCCGGCGAGUCCUUCGUCGCCGCGCAGCUCCGCGCGGCGGGUGCGAUCCUCCUGGGCAAGUGUACCCUCUCCGAGUGGGCGAACUGGCGCGGCACGGUGCCCUCGGGUUUCUGCGGGCGCGGCGGCCACGGCACGAACCCGUACGUCCCGCUGGGCAACCCGUCCGGCUCGAGCUCGGGCAGCGGGAUCGCGGGCGCGGUGGGCCUCGCGACGGCCACGCUCGGCUCGGAGACGGACGGGUCGAUCAUCAGCCCGAGUGGUAACUGUAAUGUGGUGGGCCUCAAGCCGACGGUGGGGCUUACUUCGCGCGCAGGGGUGAUCCCAAUCUCAGAGCACCAGGAUAGCGUCGGCCUCAUGUGCCGCAGUGUCGCGGACUGCGCUAUUGUCCUCUCGACCAUCGCGGGGCGCGACCCGCACGACAGCUACACGCUGAACCAGCCCGCGCAGGUGCCCGACUACACCAAGGCCCUCAAGAAAGACGGCUCAGGGGCGUGCGUCCUCGAGGGCGUCGACGCGAACGUCCUGAUUGCGUUCAACAAGGCGCUGAAGGACCUCACGGAACUCGGCGCGACAGUUGUCGACCCCGCAGACUUCGGAGAUGGGUGGGACUACGAGGAGGUGCAAAAUCGCGAGGACGUCGUACUCUGUGGGGACUUCAAGCUCGUGGACGUCCCGACGGGCGUGCGCACCCUUGCGGAUCUUAUCAAGUUCAACGAGGACAACAGGGAGAAGGAGCUUGUGGAGCCGUACUGGACGGACCAGGCGAGGUUCGUCAAGUCCAAUGGCGUGCACCAGGACCCGGCAUUCUGGGAGGCACUGGAGUGGGACUACCGCAUGGGCAGGCAGGACGGCGUCGACGGCCUGCUGAAGAAGGCGUCCCGUCCCGCCGCGGUCGCAGGCUAUCCCGUCAUCACUGUGCCCCUCGGGUUCCAGCCCCCCGACGUCGCGCUCACGGAGGCGAGCCCAACACGUAUGAACGGCCCGAACAUGCCCUUCGGGAUCUCGUUCCUAGGAACGGCGUACAGCGAGUUCCAGCUCAUCCAGUACGCGUAUGCGUAUGAGCAGGCGACGAAGCACCGGCUGGAGAAGAAGGCGUACCCGGAGGCGAUACCGAAGACGCAGCUGGCGGACGUGAUGGGCAAGUAG